AUGGAUGCAGCUGAGUCACCCGAGAAGCCGAUGCCAGCCACGUCACCGCUCAGAGGAGUUUCACCAGAUCCAGCUGAGGAUGCCUCCAGUUUGGACCGUGAGGCAGCUUCUUCGAAGCCAUUUUUGACAUGUGGCUGGAGCGACGAGCAGCUCGCCUUGAUUCGGCAAGCUAUAAGCCAACAGACAAGUCAUACCGACUCUAAGGAGAUGACUGAUGAGUCAAAGGCUUUCAUACUCGACCUACUCAAAGACCGACUUCGUGUGAUGAUUGGUUUCUCCAACCCCGAAGAGGGAACAGAAGACGCAGUCUCCGUGACUAAGUCGCAACCCGGAUCCGACUUCGAGAAGAAAGAGCAGAAACAUCAGGGCCAAGCUGGUGGACCAGAGAUUCAACAGCCUCCUUGGGACGGCGGUUGUCCCGAAUGUCCUGUUAAGACGGCCCGGAUCGGGGAACUGGAGAUGAGGCUCAUGGAUCAGGAGGAGGAAGCCAAACAACACGAGAGAGCCGCUAUCGUGCACCAGCGGGAGCUUGCAUACGCUCACAUCGUUGAAGUCAGAGAGGAGCUCUCUCGUCGGAUUGACAAACUGGAGGCUCAACAAUCUGGUCAGACCAGUACUUCGGAGGACCCAGCAUCACGACCCCUUCCACCACACUACUACUGUGACGACUGCUGGUGGACCCAGAAGAAACUCGAUGACGCCAAGCAGAAGAGUAGAGACCUUGAAAAUGAGGUCGAGCACCACCAACAAAGAGUUCUCAUGAUGGAGCACAUAGUUAAACAGACUCGAGGUGAAUGCGAAGUGCUCCGACAGCGCCUCGACGAGACUGACAUAAAAAUUGCAAGACUCUGUGCUCAGCCUGGUCCGAGGACCUCAAAGUUGUGA